AUGUCUGAAAAAUUGCCGCCAGGUACACUAUGCGCAGUGUGCGAAGACGUGGCAACGGGUAACCACUAUAAUGUGGCGUCGUGCAACGGGUGCAAAACGUUCUUCCGCCGCGCCAUUGUGAACAAGCGCAACUUUGUUUGUAUGGGUGAUGGCAAUUGUGCGGUUAAUAAAGGUGUCAGAUGCGCGUGUCGGCAUUGUCGGUUGAAAAAGUGUCUUCUGGCUGGCAUGGACACCAAUGCGAUUCAAAAUGACCGCGACCGCAUCGGGUACACGAAACGGACACGGAAGAUCGACAAGAUCAUCAAGAAAGAGUUGAGCCCGGACCUUGACUGCGAGGCUUCGACAUCAGAUCAAAAUGAGCACUCGCACAGCCCCGGGCAAACCGAGCACAACGCGAAUACGUUGGACCCGUUGAUGGAGCGGCUGACGGCGCUGGAGAACAACUUCACGCUGCUGCUCUCCCGUGGCCACAUCGAGCCCUACAAGACAUUGGACGAGGCCCUGGCCGCUGCUUCGCGAUUUCAUCAGCCCAUUGAUGUUAAGGUGACGGACCCGAUCGUGACCCCAGAAUCCGGCGACGACGAACAGAAGAAGAUGCCCUUUUGGCGAUCGCGGAUUAUUGCCCUUUACGUGGAUUGGGUGAAGACGUUCUCCACAUUUCGCGGGUUGCCCCACUCUGAUAAGAUAGCCCUAAUAACAAACCAUGCCUCCUCGUAUAUGAUCAUGUGCGAGGCGUUUCGCACCCCUGAUCAUACGGAUGAGCAGGAAGUGACGAAUCGGAUAUUGCGCGAGACGGCGCUAGGAAACCCAAUGGCGACGAUAGAGUUGACGCAAAACGGCUCCGAGAUGAUACGAUUGCCGACAGAAUAUGGGAGUCUUCCCGCCGACUAUGGUGGAUGGCUGCCGGCUGACUACGGCCGUCCCUCAACAGGCACCGAGGGUCGAUCGACGAUGCACGCCUUCUUCGACCCGUUGCUGCUCGUCGAACGGCAAAAAGCCGGCGAAGAAGAGUGGCCAAAAGAGACAAAAAUGGGCGAGGCACCCAACAGCAAUUAUCCCAUUGCUGGAAGCCUCUCGGGCCUAACGCCAGUGAUGGCGUGCGUGAUCGAUUACGUGAUGCGCCCCUUUCGCCAGCUCAACAUAUCAACUACAGAAUUCUCCCUACUACAGGCCAUCAUGUUUUUCGAUCCAGACACGGAAGGCCUUGACUCGGCCUCACAGCGCAACGUGAGCGCCGAGCAGCAGAAGCUGAUCGCCGCCCUGCACCGAUACGUCACCCAGAAUUAUAAUGUCGACGACGCGGCCCAGGAGCGGUUCACGAGUAUUCUGUUGCGGAUACCAACGAUACGGAAAGUGGCCGCCAAGAAGAACGAGUCACUGCAAAUCAUCGACCUUUUCAACCUGUUCACGCUCAAUUCGCUGGUCAAAGAGACACACGGGAUACGAUCCGCCACCCCGAACACCAUUCUAGAA